AUGUUCAAUGUGUGCUCUGCAACUAACGGAAACAACAAUGAUCAAGGCCAUGAGACCCAGCAGCAGGAGCAAGAGCAUCCUCAAACUCAGGUGCAACAAUCUCGAGGUCAAGACUCUCCGCCACCACCUUCAACCCCACAACCUUCAACUCCACAACCUCAACAACAAUCAUCACCUGCUUAUGAGACUCCUCGUGAGCAGGCACAGGUUCGCAACAACAACCAGGAACAGGGACAUGAGCGUACUACUCAAGAUCAUCCACAGGAAACUCCACAAGUAACUUCUCCACCUCCACCACCAGCUACCCCACAAGCUACUCCACCUCCACCUCCACCUGCUACCCCACAACCUACUCCACAACCUACUCCACAACCUACUCCACAAGUAACAUCUCCACCAGCUACUCCACCUCCUCAAGAACAACAUCAACAGGAACAGGAACGCAAUAAUCAGAAGAAAGAAGAGCAGAGACACCAGCAAGAGAACCAGGACAACCAAAGACGUCACAUUAAUCAAGCAUUGUCAAGUUUCUUUGGACGCGAGAUGUCGCAGAAUGAUAUAUGGCCAAACCAAGGACAAAGUCUGAAGAAGACCACCAACUGUGUGAAUUGUGAUUGA